AUGGACAAGAGUAAGAGCCGUACCGAUCUACUCGCAGCUGGCAAAAAAAAGCUCCAACAAUAUCGUCAGAAGAAGGAUAAUAAAGGUGGUAGUAGCCGUGGGAAAUCAUCAAAAAAGUCUUCCAAAAAUCAGCUACCCGAGUCUGAUGCAGAUGCUGAUGCUGCCAGUGUUACCUCUACAGGAUCGUCUCAGGUUACUGAUGGAAAUGUUGAAACCAACAGUGAUUCCAAUGUUGUUAUCACUGAACCAAUAGAAUCACAGUCUUUGGGAAGCUCAACAGCCGCUGACAAUGUUGAUCCAUCUGUUGAUUCUUCGUCAGUGGGCAAGACAUCUGAUACAGGUGAAGAAACUGAUUUGGAUUCUAAUGCUAAGUUGGCACUUCAGGGUCGUGGGGUCCAUGAGAAGGAUUCUGAAUUGUCUUCCCCAGAUCAAGGAGGGAGCUCUCAGAAUAUUGGUGCUAAUGUGGCAAAAGAUGUGUCUUUUACAAGUUCAUCGGCUCCUGACAAUGUUGAUCCAUCUUUUGAUUCAUCAUCAGUGGUCAUGACAUAUGAUACAAGCCAUGAAACUGAAUUAGAUUCUAGUGAUAAGUUAGCACUUGAGGGUCAUGGAGUCCAUGAGAACGAUUCUGAAUUGUCAGCCAAAGAUCAAGGUGUAAGUUCUCUGAAUGUUGGCGCUGAUGUAGCAGAAGAUGUUUCUUUGAGAACUUCAAAUAGUGAAGGAGGAACAACACACGAUCAUGCAUCCAAACCUGUUGAUCUUUUGUCCCCGCAUGCUUCUAUUACAACUGCAGUGGAUGAGUCUAUCACAAUUGAAAAAGAGUGUGAAGAAAAGGAAAGAUCGUUGCCUUUAUCUGAAGAUAUUUCCAGUACAUAUGUGGUGCAAACGAGAGAAGAUCAGGUAACAAAUUUAGGGGCAAUGCAGGAAGCUGAUGAUUUGGAUAUGGCGAAAUCUUGUCAAAGCACUGAUGCAAUUAUAGAUGAUCAAAAGGAUAUUCCUUUGUUUGAAGCCGGUGAGGGUGACCAGUCUCUUUCAGGAAUUACUACGGAGAAUACUAGAAUCAAGGAGGUAUCUCAUGAAGCGGAACAACUAGACAGGCCAGUGGAAUUAUUCUCCUCUCUUGAAGACAUUGUGUCAGAUAAGCAUUCAGGUUCCGAUAAAGGCCAGGAUGAUGCUUUCGCAACUGUAGGGACUUCAGUGAAAAAUUUGGAGAGAGGAACAUUACUGGGUUCAUCUUAUGGUGAAAUGAUUCUUCAGUCUACUGAAGAACAGAUAAGCAAGGGAGUCCUUAGUGGACAGGAUGUAGCACUUCACGGGGGGUUUAACCAGCAAUGUACUCUUGUUGGAUCUGCAGCUGAUGAUUCCACUCAUGAGUUGUCAACCAGAGCUUCCACCAGAUUGUUUGAUCUCUCUCCUAUUUCUGAUGCGAGCUCAGUUAAUCUUUUGCAAUUAGCUGAAUUUAUAAGAGGGCUUAAUGAAGAAGAGUACCAGUUUCUGCUCAAGGCAAGAGGAGCAUUUUCUGAUGCAGAUCCAUUAACUAGUAGUUCAGUUCUACCAAACCAUGACUUUUCAGAAGCGUUCCAGAGACUGAAAGAAGAAUUGUUUCUUGCUCAUAUGAUGCAAAAUAUAUUCAGUAUGCAGCUAGCUGAACAACUGGACCUCCAAUCGGAAUCUGAUUAUCACCGUUACCAGUUGAUUGGUGAACUAUCGCAGCUCCAUGAUUCACGCAAUGAAGUUAACGAGAACAAUCAACGACUUAACGAAGAACUUGCUAACUGCCGUGUAGAACUAGAGAAUAGUUUUAGCAAGAGUGUAGAACUACAGAACCAAUUUGAUACUGCAAUGGCGGGGAUUGAAGCUCUUUCUGCCAGAUUAGUUGAGCUGCAGAUUAGUUUUGAAAUGGCUCAGAAAGAUUCGUUGGAUCUAUCCACAGAGUUGGCCGACUGCAGAAGUUUGAUCUCAAGUUUACAGGAUGAAAAGAAGGGUGUGAGCGAAACUCUUGAUUUGGUGAUUUCUGAGAAAAAUAAACUUGCAGACGAGAAGGAGUUUAACCUAUGUGAAAGUCAGAAGCUGGCAACUGAAUUGUCUUGCUUAAAGAGUUCAAUGGAAGCAGUAGAAGUCGAAAAUUCCAACUUAACUGACAGGAUCUCUUUGGUGACCGAAGAGAGCAAUAUGUUCAAAGCAGAAAUCAAGCAUCUCUUGCAAGAGAUCGAUAGAAUUUCAUUAGAUUUGGUUGAAAAUAAAGACUUGGUGGCAAGUCUAAAGAGCGAAAAUUCCAAUUUAAAUGGGAACCUUGCAUUGUCAGUUGAUAAGAUUAAAAAUAUGGAAGACGAUAAUGAAUCUGUUGUUCUUGAGAAUCAAAGGCUCACUUCUCAGAUUGUUUCCAUACUAGAACAAUUAUCUAUUGAAAAGGGAGAGCGAAUGAGAUUUGAAGACGACCUUAAAGAAGCCACAAUGCACUUGGAACAACUUUCCAAGGAAAACCUAUCACUUAAUAGCACUUUAGAUGAGCACAAGGUUAAAAUAGAAGAAAUGGCAGUUACUAAAGAUUCUCGGCAGAUAGGUCAGGGGCUUGAUGAUGGUGCAGCAGGGGGACCAUUUGAAAAUAUACCUGAACAAGAAACUUUCAAUGAUUCUCUUGGGUUUAUUUCAUUGAAGACUGAUUUGAAUGAGGCGGAGAAUGUUUUGGUGAAGCUUGAAAAGGCAAUUGAUGAGUUGCAUUCUCAAUCACAAAUCUCUGGCGGGACUGUUGAGAAAGUUUCUUCACCCGUGGUAUCAAAAUUGAUACAGGCUUUUGAACCAAAAGUAAAUGAAACUGAGCAUGUGGGAGAGAUAAGUGUUACAACUGAUGUUCAGUCACAAUCAAAGUGCGGUAGGAAAAUUGAAGAGCAAAUAGGAAACUUGAGAAAAUUGCUAUCAAAGUGGAAGCUGGAUGUUCAGAGUGCAUAUUCAUUGUUCAAGGGGGAACGAGAUGGUAGGAAAAUUGGGGAUGCAAAGUACAGUGAUCUUGAGGACCAGUUUGAAGGAUUGAAGCAACAUUGUUCAGAUUUGGAAGCAUCUAACGUCGAACUUGCAGUUCAAUAUGAAACAGUUAAACAACUUCUGGGCGACAUUCAAGAAAAGAAAUGUCAUCUUGAGGAAAUCUGUGAAGCUUUAAAGCAAGAAGAUAUUCACCUCAAAGCCAAAAAUAGUGAACUCUAUGACAAGCUUGGAUAUUGUCAUUCAAAAAUGAUUGAAUUGCUUACUGAAAUGAAUGAUGUGAAACUAAGUUUGAAUGAGAUGGCUUCUGUUAUUAGCAGUCAACUAGAAAAUUUGCAGAAGGAGGUGACACAGAGGGCGGUGCUACUUGAGCAAGGCUGGAAUACUACUAUUGAUGAGAUUGUUAAGUUAGUUGCGAAGCUGAAUGAAUCAGUUGGGGGAACAUCUCAUACAAUGGUCUCUUAUGACACCCAUGAUGGCUCGCAUAUCAGUCAUUGGUUAGAUGCUUCUGUUAGUGCUGCCACUGAAAUGAUUUUUGGUCUGCAGCAGAAACUUGAAGCUUCUAAUGCAGAUCAUGAAAUAAUCACCAUGUCACAUAAAGAAAUGACUACGAAAUGUGAUCAUCUGCUUGAGAGGAAUGAAAUGGCUAUCAAUGUACUACAUAAAAUAUACAGUGACCUGAGGAAACUUAUGUUUAGUGGUUGGUCUUUGGAUGAAGAUACGAUAGAUGUUCAAAGUGAGGCACUGCCUGAUUUACUGAAUUAUAAUAACUAUGACACCAUCAUGAAGCAUUUGGGGGAUAUAUUGAUUGAAAAGCUGGAAUUGGAGUCUGUUACCAAUAAGAUGAAGUCAGAAUUGGUGCACAAGGAAACUGAAUAUGAAGAAUUGAAGAUAAAGUGUCUUGGUUUAGAUUCUGUUGGAAAGCUAGUUAAUGAUGUUGCAGGUGCGCUGCAUGUGGAAACUCCGAAUAUUGAAAUAAACACAUCGCCCCUUUUGCACUUAGAUUCAUUAGUGUCUAGUCUUGUACAGAAAACCAAAGAGGCUGAAAUCCAGAAUCAUGCCACUAAAGAAGACGAUGGAUCUAAGGAGAUGGAAUUGGAUGAACUGAAAGAAAAAAUGCAUUAUCUAGACAUGCUGCGUCUUGAGAAUGAAAAUGAAAUCUUUGUUCUAAGGGAAAGCUUACAUCAAGCUGAGGAAGCUCUUUCUACUGCACGUUCUGAAUUACGUGAGAAAGCAAAUGAACUCGAUCAUUCAGAACAACGAGUGUCCUCCAUCCGGGAGAAACUUGGCAUAGCUGUUGCCAAGGGAAAAGGAUUAGUUGUACAGAGGGACGGCCUCAAGCAGUCCCUAGCUGAGACAUCUACAGAAUUGGAGAGAUGCUCGCAAGAGUUGAAUUUGAAAGAUACAAGACUUCACGAGCUUGAAACAAAACUUAAGACCUAUUCAGAGGCUGGUGAACGCGUGGAAGCUUUGGAAUCAGAACUUUCCUAUAUUCGUAAUUCAGCUAAUGCCUUGAGAGAGUCAUUUCUGCUCAAAGAUUCAAUGCUCCAGAGGAUAGAAGAGGUUUUGGAAGACCUAGAUCUGCCUGAGCAGUUUCAUUCGAGUGAUAUAAUAGAGAAGAUUGAUUGGUUGGUUAGGUCAGUUGUUGGCAACUCAUUGCCCAUGAAUGACUGGGAGCAGAAAGAUUUUGCAGGAGAACGUUCAUAUUCUAAUGCUGGUAAUGCUGUUGCAGAUUCUUGGAAAGAUAAUAGUCAGCUACAACCAGAUUCAGGGGACGAUGCAGGUAGACCUUCAUACUCUGAUGCUGGUUUUGUUGUCACAGAUUCGUGGAAAGAUGAUAGUCAGCAACAGCCAGAUUCAGAGGGUGAUUUUCAAAAAAACUUUGAAGAGUUGCAGAGUAAAUACUAUGGGCUGGCUGAGCAAAAUGAAAUGCUGGAGCAGUCAUUGAUGGAAAGAAACAGCUUAGUUCAGAGAUGGGAGGAGCUUGUAGACAAGAUUGACAUGCCUUCACAUUUGCGGUCUAUGGAGAUGGAUGGUAGGAUUGAAUGGGUAGGAAGAGCACUUGCCGAGGCUAAUCAUCAUGUAGAUUCUCUGCAGCUGAAGAUUGAAAGAUAUGAAAGCUAUUGUGGAUUGCUAAAUACUGAUCUGGAAGGGUCUCAGAGAAGAGUGUCCACUCUUCAAGAAGACCUUAAAGUUCAAACAUUGGAGAGAGAGCACCUUUCUGAAAAAGUAGAGGCUCUGAGAAAUGAAUGCGAGAAACUAUCUGUGCAGACAAGGGGAGCUGAACUUGAGAAUGAAAAUCUGCACGUAGAAAUUACUAGUUUGAAGGAUCAGUUGGAGCAGAAAGCUGAAAUUGAAGAACAGAUUUUCACCAUCGAUGGCAAGAUAAAGAAAUUACAAGACUUAGUUGGCGAUGCCUUGUUAGAAUCUGAAACAGAAUAUCUGGUUUCUGAUGGUGCAAAUAUUGAUUAUUUGGAAGAAUUGCUGAGAAAGCUUAUAGGAAAUCAUGCUAGUUUGAAGGAUCGGUUGGAGCAGAAAGCUGAAAUUGAAGAACAGAUUUUCACCAUCGAUGGCAAGAUAAAGAAAUUACAAGACUUAGUUGGCGAUGCCUUGUCAGAAUCUGAAACAGAAUAUCUGGUUUCUGAUGGUGCAGAUAUUGAUUCUUUGGAAGAAUUGCUGAGAAAGCUUAUAGGAAAUCAUGCUAGUUUGAAGGAUCGGUUGGAGCAGAAAGCUGAAACUGAAGAACAGAUUUUCACCAUCGAUGGCAAGAUAAAGAAAUUACAAGACUUAGUUGGUGAUGCCUUGUCAGAAUCUGAAACAGAAUAUCUGGUUUCUGAUGGUGCAAAUAUUGAUUCUUUGGAAGGAUUGCUGAGAAAGCUUAUAGAAAAUCAUGCUAGUCUUUUAUCAAUGAAAUCUAUGCGGGGUGUUGUACUUGAUGGACAUCACCCACAAAAUGACGAUGCUACUCUUCAUGAGGAAAAAAGUAUUGAUAUGCAUGAUAAGGAUCAAGCGGAUAUUGAUAGAUACAAGAAAGAUCUGGAGGCAGCUUUGAGCGAAUUGGAGCAUUUGAAGGAGGAGGGAGGGAGAUAUUUGGAAAAGCAAAUAUCUCUAUCUGGUGAAGUUGAAGCUCUGAGUAAAAGAACCGAGGAGUUGCAAGAGCUUCUUAAUCAGGAAGAGCAGAAAUCUGCUUCUGCAAGAGAGAAAUUAAAUGUUGCAGUCAGGAAAGGGAAGUCAUUGGUGCAACAAAGAGACAGUCUAAAACAAACCAUUGGAGAGAUGAAUGUUGAGAUGGAGCACUUGAAAUCUGAGAUCAACAAACGGGAACACACUAUUGCAGAGCAUGAACAGAUGAUGAGACAAUUAUCAACCUACCCAGAUAGGUUAGAAGCGCUUGAAUCUGAGAGUUCUCUUCUUAAGCAUCGUUUGGAAGAAACUGAACACCAUUUGCAGGAGAAAGAGUAUUCCUUGAAACUGAUUUUGAACAAGCUAGGUGAGAUUGAUGUUGCAGGUGAAGGUCAUAUAAGUGAUCCGGUGAAGAAGCUGGAAUGGAUUGGAAAACUGUGUUCUGAUCUCCAUGAUUCCGUCGCGUCUUUAGAACAGGAAUCCAGGAAAUCUAAAAGAACAUCAGAACUCCUGUUGGCAGAGUUGAAUGAGGUUCAAGAAAGGAAUGAUAGUUUUCAGGAGGAGCUUGCUAAGGUGGCUGAUGAACUUGUGGAUCUCAGAAGAGAAAGGGAUUCAGCGGAGGCUGCCAAACUGGAAGCUCUUUCACAUGUUGAAAAGCUGUCUAAAUUACAUGAGGAAGAAAAACAGAGCCAUUUUUAUGAGCUUGUGGAAUUAAAAUCUAGCAUGAACCAAGUCUGGAAAGGCUUUGGUGAGGUUCAGAAUUUAUUGGCCAAGACUUUUUUCACAGAUUUGGAAUCUUUUCGGAAUGUGGAAGUUGGUCUUGAGUUGUGUAUGAAAGGAUACAAUGCUCCAAAUGUGGUGGAUUCAUCUUCCAGCGAAGAACGUGAUCGUAUUUUACUCAAGUCACCUGACAAUAAGACGAGCUCUAUGUAUGCAGAUUCUUGGUCAGAAUUUGGCACAAUUGACCACUAUAAUGAUAAUACCAUUAUUGAAAACUUUCAUCUACUUGGGCAUAAACUGCAAGAGUUUUUGGUGGAGGUCAGCUCUCUUAAGGAAAGAAUACACAUGCACUCCAGUUCGACACGGGAGCAAGACAAAACUCUGUCGAAACUAAUGACAAAUAUUCAGAGAGAAAUUACUUCCCAAAGAGAAUCUUUUGAAAAGAUAAAGACAGAAGUUAAUAAACGAGAUCUGCAACUUAUUGCAUUGCGUGGGAACGUUGCCCACCUUUAUGAAUCAUGCAUCAAUUCUGUCACUGUAUUAGAGAACGGAAAAACUGAACUGCUUGGAGAAAAGGUUGAAUUUCCAGAUCAAGGGAUUAACUUGAAAACACCGUCAUUUGAUGAUGAAAUAUCCGAGGAAUGUGUUAAAACCCUGGCUGAUAGACUACUGUUGGCUGCAAAUGGGUUUGCUAGCAUAAAAACCGAAUUUUUAGAUGCUAAUCAAAAGGAAAUGAAGGCUACUAUAACAAAUUUACAGAGGGACCUUCAGGAAAAGGAUGUUCAAAGAGACAUAAUUUGUGCAGACCUGGUAAAACAGAUUAAGGAUGCUGAAGCUGCUGCAAAACGUUACUCUCAAGAACUUCAAUCUCUUAGGAUGGAGGAACAUGAUUUGAAAAAACAGGUAGAAGUGUUUGAGGGAGAAAAGAAGAUACUUGAGCAGAGAAUCAAGGAGCUGCAGGAUAGGCAAGGGAUUGCAGCAGAACUAGAGGAUAAAGUAAGAUCUCAGAUUGGUUUGUUGGCUGCCAAAGACCAAGAAAUUGAAUCCUUAAUGCACGCACUUGACGAGGAAGAGAUGCAAAUGGAAGAACUGACAAAGAAAAAUGCAGAACUUGAAAAGGCUGUUCAACAAAAGAAUCAAGAGAUUGAGAACCUUGAAUCUUCUCGUGGUAAAGUUAUGAAAAAGCUUUCCGUAACUGUAAGCAAGUUUGAUGAACUUCACUGCCUAUCUGCAAAUCUCCUUUCUGAGAUUGAAAAGCUUCAGUCCCAAUUGCAAGAAAAAGAUUCCGAAAUUUCUUUCUUAAGGCAAGAGGUUACUCGAUGCACUAAUGAUGAUCUUCGUGCAUCACAACUGAACAACCAGAGAAGUCUGGAUGAUAUCGUUGAAUUCUUUAUGUGGGUUGACACAAUUGUAUCUCGAGAUGGGAUGGAUGAUAUACCUCCUGAUGUGAAGAGUGAUGCUCAGGUUCAUGAGUACAAAGAAAUACUUCAGAAGAAGUUGAUGUCUUUAAUAUCAGAGUUGGAGAAUCUAAGGGAAGUUGCAGAAAGCAGGGAUGAAAUGCUGCAAGCAGAAAAGAGUAAAGUAGCAGAGUUGAACCAUAAAGCAGAAACGCUUGAGAAGUCCUUGCGUGAGAAAGAAUCACAAUUGAAUUUGCUUGAUGGUGUGGAAGAAACUGGAAAGGGAAUUGCCUCAAGCUCAGAAAUUGUGGAGGUAGAACCAGUGAUAAAUGAAUGGACAACAACAGGGGCAUUUGUUACACCUCAAGUUCGCAGUUUGCGCAAGGGCAAUAGCGAUUAUGUUGCCAUUGCUGUUGAUGAAGAUCCUGGUAGUACUAGUAGGAUAGAAGACGAAGAUGACGACAAGGUUCAUGGUUUCAAAUCACUCACAUCAUCCAAAAUUGUCCCAAGAUUUACCAGACCAGUAACCGACUUGCUUGAUGGCUUGUGGGUUUCUUGUGAUCGAACUUUAAUGAGACAACCGGUUUUGAGGCUUGGAAUUAUAAUUUAUUGGACCAUAAUGCACGCACUCCUUGCAUUCUUUGUUGUCUGA